UUCUACCAAGCACACUCCUGAAGUUCCAGUACAAACCAUAAAGAGGUUGAGAUAGAGUGAGAGAGAGUAGAACUGGAGAGCCAGAAGCUAGGAUCUAAGAAGUUGUUGGAGGAAUCAGAUCUUCAGAAAAGAAGAUCUCAUGGGGUCUGCUGUUGAAUAUCACAUCCAACACAUAAUCAACAUUCCAGAAGAGAUUGAACCUGCAUUGUGGCCUGAAUGUUGUAUCUAUAAGGUUCCUAGUAAUCUUUUGAAGGUGAAAGAGGAGGCCUAUACUCCUCUAUUGAUCUCAAUUGGCCCUGUGCACCACAAGAAAGAAGUACUGAAGGAAAUGCAAGAACAAAAACAAAGAUAUUUUCAUUUCUUUUGGAAACGCCUAGUGAACAAAUAUGACUUAGUGCAGUAUAAAGCCUACCUUGAACAAGAAGAGCAAAAAAUUCGCCGUUGUUACCAAAACAAAUUCACUAAUAUGAGCAAUCAGGAAUUUGUUGAAAUGAUACUGCUGGAUGCUGUGUUCAUCAUGGAGCUGUUUCUGAGAGAAGCAAAAAGAUGGGAACACAAAGAUGACUAUCUAGUAACUCAAAGAUGUGUUGGGAAGAGCAUCCAGCGUGAUUUGCUGCUGCUCGAGAAUCAGAUUCCAAUUAUGGUGUUGGAAAAACUGUAUGAUAGAGUUGUUCCAAGCAAUGUCAAGAAGCAUUCAAGAUUUCUUAAGCUCGCGCACGAGUAUUUUCGAUCUUAUUAUCCUCACCAGUAUUCUUCAGACAGCAAGUUUGAGCUAUGUAAGUGGGAGGAAUCACUACAUUUCACUGAUCUGAUUAGAAACUCAUAUCUUCCCAAGAAACUGAGCAGUCAGCAACCUUAUUCUGAAAAGGAGUCUGUGCUAAGGACUGCAACAAAGUUGAAUGAGGCUGGUAUAAGCUUUGAGAAUGUUCAUGAUAGAUCCCUACUUGACAUAAAGUUUGAGAAGAAGAGAUUCUUCAGCUGGUUUCUUUGCUUGGGUUGCUUGCCAUGCUGCAAGUUGUUCAAAGCUAGAUUUCAAUUCCCUCAGUUAAAAGUAGACCACACAACAGAAUGUGUUCUUAGAAACCUAAUAGCCUUUGAGCAGUGUCACUAUCCUGAGGAGCCUUAUAUUUGCAAUUAUGUUUUUCUUGUUGAUUCACUUAUUCACACUAAAGAUGAUGCUGAGUUGAUGGUUGAGAAAGAAGCUAUUGUCCAUGAACUGGGAAGUGAUCAGGAAUUGGCAAAUUUGGUUAAUGAUCUUUGUAAACAUGUAGUGACAAGUUCAACAUGCUACCACCAAAUUAUGGAAGAUGUUAAUCAACACUACAACAACGAUUGGAAAUGGGCAAUGGGUACAUUAAGGUGGGUUUACUUCCGUGACCCUUGGAGAAGCAGUUCUACAAUAGUGGGAAUUGCUGUGCUAAUAUUCACCGUCUUCAAUUUCUAUCGAGUUGCUAGUCUACUCUUUUAGUUACAUGAGAAAUAUAUAUUGAAUCACCUUUUGUGUAUUGUAUCGUAUAAAUGAUUGCAAUGUAACUUUUAUUUCUCAUUUACUUGUACUAGAACUGGCAUGUUUAUCGUAUAACAUAUUGAUUGAUAAUAGUUGCACAUAUGUGUGAUGGUACCAGGGACAUCCUAAACAAGAGUUAAAUGAGCAAUGACUUCUAGUUACUAGGAAAUAUGCUGAAAUGAGCAUGACCUUUUUAAAUCAGGCUAUUUCAAUUGGUUGGAUUCUGAAUAAGAUCCUCUAAUAUUUUCAGAAUCCUCUGGUCUUUUUUAUAAAUUGAUAUAUCCUUUAGGAAUCUUUAAGUCAAAUUGUUUAGAGGGAGAAAGCUUCCCCAGCUUUUAAAUGGAUCGAGUUUGUACAAAUUUCAUUGAGUGAGCAAGUUAUGAUCAGAACAAGAGGGUAGACUAUUUCAGGGUGAUGCAGCACCAUAAUAUCGCAAUUCGCAAUUUGUAUUUUGAUCUUACCAUUUCACUUCAACACAGGUUACUAUCAACCAAUACAUGAAAAAACCAAAGUAAGUUGAAAACACUUGCCAAAAUUACAUAAAAUCAAAAUCAAGAUUCUAGAAAUCCAUGGUGAAAAACAGUUAACUAGGACUGAAACUGAACCAGAAAGACUAACAAGAGCUGCUUAAAAUAAAAUGAUGCCAAACACUGAAACAUUUGGUCCUAUUGAUUAAGAGAAAGCUCCUUCCGCUUAUAUCGGACCAUCACUUUUCCUUUCACUCCUACAACCAUGGCAUUCCAAUCGAUCUCAGGAAAAGGUGACACCAACUCCAGUUCAAAAUUCCUCAGCAGAUGAGUCCAUAUUGCUUUUAUCUGCAGAUAUGCGAAGGGUUCACCGAGGCAUCCAUGUCGGCCUCCUCCAAAUGAAAUGACUGAGAAUGCACCUGCCACCUUGUCUUCUUCCCUGCCAACAGCAAAUCGAUCAGGAUCAAACCUAUCAGGGUCCUUGAAAACGUGACUUAGCCUGUUAGCAAACGCAGGUGAUGUCGCAAUUAUAUGACCCUUGGGAAUGUCAUAUGCUUUCCCCUCUCUUGUUGUGACGCUAAAAUCAGUGUGUGAGCUUCUCAUCAGCAUAAUCAGAGGGGGGUGGAGUCUCAAGGCUUCUUUAAUGCACCUAUACAGCACAUCCAUUUCAGCCAAAACAUCAUGAUCAACUCUGUCCCCGUGCUUUUCCAUCAACAUCUUCUGCUCCUCCAACACGGCUGAAAGGUACUUGUUGUUACACAGGAGGUAUGCACCAGUCCAAGUGGAGGUAAUGGAACUUGUGUGUUGACCUGCGAAAAGCGCAGCAAUGAGCAGUCCAGUCACUUCAGAUUCGGUUGUUGGGCGACCAUCUUUGUAUUUUGAGUCAAUGAAGCACUGCAGCAUGUCAUCUUCUGAUUUGUUGGCACUCUUGCGAGAUGCUAUGAUGUUUGCAAAGAUCUCAGCAAGCUUUGCGCGUGCUUGGUCACGGCGCUUGUGAGCUGGGAUUGGCAGGUAUGGUAAGAUGACACUGAUUGGAAGCAUCCCAUUAUCAAGGUCAUGGAACAAUGCAGAGACAUCAUCAAAGAGCUUGUCACGAACUUCACGGCCCAAAAGGCAUCUACUGGCUGUCAAGAUGAUCAGAUGCUCAAGCUCAUACUUCAAAUCAAUCUCCCCACUUGGUCCCCACUUUGAGAAAUAGUACUGCAAAUUGGGUAUGGGUUUGGGAAAGAAAAGUCUUCAAUGCCAAUUUGGUACACAACCAAGGAAAAAUACAAGGGAGUAAUUUACUAUUAACAACAUAAAGAAACAAUCAAGUGCCAGGUUUGAUGCAAUUUCACCAUGGUCAAGUCCAAAUGGAAAUGAAGAGCUUCCACAGUUUAUCAUGGGAGUGAAUUCAAGCAGCAGCAUAAAAUUUGGUUUUCAAUUAGACUGGGAAUUUUGCUACACUAAGAUGAGGGGUGCACUGAAAAUUGUCAAAUUUAUACUCUUUCUCGAGAAGUUAAAGCCUUGCAGUGGACAUAAAAAUGUAUGAACAUUGUCACAAAAUAUGGAAUUUUUAAGUUAUACUCCAUUUUCUAAAAGCGUUGAAGUGCCAAUCUUUUUACUCUAGAUUGAAAACAUCUAUAUCCGAUACCACGGAGAUGGAUGAGGCUUAGCUAUUGUUGAAUUAAAGUUUCGAUAAGCUUCAUCCUGCAAAAUGUACAGAUAUCACUGCAGGUGUUUGCCGUUGACCAGAUCGAACGAAGCAUUGAAUGCAAAAAACAUGCAAUACAUCAUGUAAGAAUAAAAGGGUCAAUU